AUCCCAGAUCAGCAGCCUUGACUUUCAACCCUCACUUCGGCACCACAAGAAAAAUCUUUGUCUAAGCAGCAAAUAUGCACUCCAAACUCAUUACCUUCCUCCUUCCGGUCCUUGCUGCGGCGAACCCUGUGCCUGCAAGCGUUUCGGCCAGUGCUCCUUCUCCGGAUCAAAUCACUAUUGUAGACACGAGCUACUCUGGUAACGGCUGCCCUCAAGGCUCAGUGUCUACAAGUACAUCUACCGACAAGACUGUCGUAACCUACGGCUUCGACCAAUUCCAAACCUACAUCGGCCCCGGCACCACGCCCGCCGACCGCUCCAAGAACUGCCAACUCCACCUCAACCUCAAGUAUCCCGGCGGCUUCCAAUAUGCCGUCGUUGACGCCACCUACCACGGCUGGGCACGCCUCGACGAAGGCGUAACCGGCUCUUUCAUCACCACUUACUACUUCUCGCAAGAUGCAGGCACCACGCAAACUACGCGCAUGUCUGCCGUCGGCGGCGGCGCCCUCGUCAACGGCCAAGUCUACACCAAGACAGAUAGCGUGGAGACGACGGCGACUAUCUGGUCGCCCUGCGGCCAGAAUGGCAUCCUUAACAUCAACAACAGGAUCUCGCUGACUAACAAGAAGAGCACCCAGGCGGGCGAAAUGAGCAAUGAUGAUGCGACUGUGGCGUUUACUCAGCAGUUGCAUGUUGCCUGGAGGGCUUGCACACCUACUUCAGGCUCAGGCUCAGGCACGAUUGGCAUUGGGCACUUGGACUCUGCGCUCAAUUUCGAGUAAACUGAGACGACUAAGGAAUAGUGUAUGUGGCUGGUGGGGAUGGUAGCGAUAUUUUUUUUCUUGUCCCGAUGGUGGAGGGUGGUGCUGGGGACGGUACGGGGGUGGCUUGGCGGGUAUAAGUAGUUUUUAUGAAAUACUUUUUUUCCC